AUGGAAGUCACUCACACACCCAGCAAAAACCUUUCUCUGAAGAGGAAAGGAAGCUCCACCGUAUACUUGGACUGUGACGACCAGCAAGGCUGUGAUAAGAAUGCCAGGAGGGCUCACAGUCAGAUCGAGAAGAGACGCAGGGUUAAGAUGAACUGCUUCAUAGAUGAGCUGGCAUCGUUAGUGCCUACAUGCAAUGGUAAAUCACACAAACUGGACAAACUCUCAGUCCUGCGUAUGGCAGUCCAACACAUAAAGACCUUACGAGGUUCUGCUGGGAACCGUUACACAGAAGUUAAUCACAAACCUGCCUUCUUAUCAGAUGAGGAACUAAAACACUUAAUACAGAGGGCAGCUGAUGGCUUUCUGUUUGUUGUUGACUGUGAUCGAGGGAAAAUACUGUUUGUUUCUGAAUCAGUGUACAAGAUCCUAAAAUACAGCCAGAAUGACCUGAUUGGUCAGAGCCUGUUUGAUUACAUGCAUCCUCAAGACAUCGGCAAAGUCAAGGAGCAGCUGUCCUCAGCGGUUACCGAACCGCAAGAGAAAAUCAUCGAUGCAAAAAGUAACCCACAAUGUUUGACAGAUAUCAACCCAAGUUCUUUAAGACUUUGUUCUGGGGUGAGACGCUCAUUUUUCUGCAGGAUGAAGUGCAACCGAAACAUGGAAGAUGAAGAUUUUUCCACCAGCUGCUUGAAAAAAAAUGCAGAUCAUAUGGGCUUCUGCACCAUUCACAGCACUGGUUACUUAAAGAGUGUGUCCCCCACUGAGGUGGAUCUGUAUGAAAAUAAUGAGGUCGACAAUGAUGGAUGUAACUUAAGCUGUCUGGUGGCUGUUGGUCGUUUACAUCCCCACUCUAUUUCUCAGCCAGUGCAGAAUCACAUCAAGGUCAAGCCCACCGAGUUUGUUUCACGUCUUGCUAUUGAUGGAAAGUUUGUCUUUGUAGAUCAAAGGGCCACUGCCAUUUUGGCUUAUCUACCGCAAGAGCUGCUGGGAACUUCAUUUUACGAAUACUGUCAUGAAGAUGAUAUUGCUCAUUUAGCUGAGUCUCACCGGCAAGUGCUCCAGAUGAGAGAGAAGAUCAAUACAAACUGCUACAAGUUAAAAAUAAAAGAUGGCUCAUUCGUCACACUGAGAAGCCGCUGGUUCAGUUUUAUGAACCCUUGGACCAAAGAGGUGGAGUACAUCGUCUCUACCAAUACUGUAGUAAGGUGAAGGGAAGCCGGAUUUCCAAAGGGUGUCUGGAUUUCCUUGUGGUACAAGGGCAGGCGCUGGGGAGAUUGGACUAAUAAUUGCCAAGGAACUGUUGGAAAUCCAGAGGUACAACCAUCUCCUGACGGAUAUUGACGAUAAUGAUAAUAAUAAUAAAGAGUAGAUGUUUUUAAGACUUGAGAAGGUGACACCAGACAGAAAUUUUUUUGGGGAAA